GAUAGGGUGUGGCUUUCCUUGUGCCACGUCCUUUACCUCUGAGAAUCUCCUUUGUGUGCUUCUUUCUUAAAUAGAAAUGAAUGCUCUCGCUUUGUUUUUGGAGCGAAUGUAAUUGAGUAAAGACAGAGCUUCCUUCAGGGAAAUAUCUAGGACUGUUUGAGAUUGAAGGUAAGAGAACUCCUGUAAUUGUCUCUUCCUGAGUCAUCGUUUGUUCCAUGUUGAAAACCUCUAUUUCAUACAUCCUACCUGUCUUCGAGGAAUCAGUUUGUAUUUCCAGGAUGAUCUAGAGAAGUGCAAUGUAUCUCAAAGUAGAGUUACGCUGGAGUGUUGUAGUCCCUCCCAAAAGCCUGGACAAAGAUGGAGUGAAAUUCCAAACGGAAUUGUCUCGCCGCUUGCUGGAUGAUUUUGCUACAAAAAGGGCAACAAAAGAUCUGGGAUACUUCCUGGCGGUGACGACUGUGGAGAGCAUAGGAGAAGGAAAGGUGAGGCCGGACACUGGUGAAGUUAAGUUUCCGGUUGUUUUCAGCUGCAUCACCUUCAAACUUUUCCGCGGAGAGAUCAUACAUGCGGUUGUUUACAAGGUAUUGAGGCACGGAGUUUGUCUGAGAUGCGGUCCUGUCGAAAAGGUGUUUCUCUCUGCUAACAAGAUACCGGAUUAUCAAUAUAUCCCUAGAGAGGACGAUUCUGUGUUCUUAAACCAAGAGAAGCCGUACUCUAGCAUUGAAAAAGAUGUCACAAUUCGUUGCGUUGUCAUUGGGACUCGAUGGGUUGAAGCAGAAAGGGAAUUCUGCGUACUGGUUGAUUUGCCGAAUGAGGAUAUCUAGUUACCUAGCUAGGACCAGUUAAUACAACGUUUUGGUUGUUUCUCUUGAGCAGCUUAUGAUCUGGAAUAAUUUGUAUGUUUCUCUGCUUUGCCAUAAAUUUGUGGUGGUAUAUGGUGAUCGAUUUAUGGUAUUAUGUUGUUUUAUCAUUUUCAUGGAAACGAGACAAUGGAUUAACGUACUUUGCAAAUAUGUGAGA